AUGGCUCAAAAUCUCACGGAUCAAGUGCGAGAAAUCGCAUCGGUAACCACUGCUGUCGCUCACGGUGACUUAACCAAGAAAAUCGAACGCCCCGCCAGAGGAGAAAUCCUGCAACUGCAACAAACCAUCAACACCAUGGUAGAUCAACUGCGAACUUUUGCCUCCGAAGUCACUCGAGUCGCUCGCGAUGUCGGAACUGAGGGUAUCCUUGGUGGUCAAGCUGAUGUCGAAGGGGUCAAGGGCAUGUGGAACGAACUAACGGUCAACGUCAACGCCAUGGCAAAUAAUUUAACGACACAAGUGCGAGACAUCAUCAAGGUGACGACUGCUGUGGCUAAGGGUGACCUUACGCAAAAGGUUCAGGCGGAUUGCCGGGGCGAAAUCUUCGAUCUCAAGUCAACCAUCAACUCCAUGGUGAACCAGCUUCAACAAUUCGCCCGCGAGGUUACAAAGAUUGCUAGAGAGGUCGGCACGGAAGGCAGGCUUGGCGGCCAGGCCACCGUUCAUGACGUUGAGGGAACCUGGAGAGACCUCACUGAGAACGUCAACGGCAUGGCGAUGAACUUGACAACACAAGUGCGCGCGAUUGCUAAGGUUACCACCGCCGUCGCGAAUGGCGACCUUACCGAAAAGAUCAGAGUGCCCGUGAGAGGUGAAAUCCUCGAUCUCAAGAACACCAUCAACACCAUGGUUGACCGUCUUGGAACCUUCGCUUUCGAGGUUAGCAAAGUCGCCAGGGAGGUCGGCACCGAUGGCACUCUCGGCGGACAAGCCCAAGUCGACAACGUGGAAGGCAAAUGGAAAGAUCUCACCGAAAACGUCAAUACCAUGGCAUCGAACCUUACGUUACAGGUCCGAAGCAUUUCAACAGUCACGCAGGCCAUUGCCAACGGUGACAUGAGCCAAAAGAUCGAGGUAGAGGCGCAAGGAGAAAUACGGGUCCUCAAGGAAACCAUAAACAACAUGGUUGACAGGCUUUCCAACUUCUGCAACGAGGUACAAAGAGUGGCCAGGGAUGUCGGCGUCGACGGCAAGAUGGGCGCUCAAGCAGACCCAGCAGGUUUGAAGGGCCGUUGGCGUGAGAUCACGACGGACGUCAAUACUAUGGCUAGUAAUUUGACAACCCAAGUACGCGCAUUCUCGGAUAUUACAAACCUCGCGACAGACGGGGACUUCACGAAACUUGUCGAAGUAGAAGCCUCCGGUGAAAUGGACGAACUUAAACGAAAGAUCAAUCAAAUGGUGUCCAAUUUACGGGAUAGUAUCCAAAGGAAUACGCAAGCUCGUGAAGCAGCAGAACUAGCCAACAAGACGAAAUCGGAGUUCCUGGCAAACAUGUCUCACGAGAUUCGCACACCCAUGAACGGCAUUAUCGGCAUGACCCAGCUGACGCUGGAUACGGACUUGACACAGUACCAACGAGAGAUGCUGAACAUCGUCAACAGUCUAGCAAACAGUCUCUUGACAAUUAUUGACGACAUCUUGGAUUUGUCCAAGAUUGAGGCUCGCAGGAUGGUCAUUGAGGAAAUUCCGUACACGUUACGUGGAACUGUGUUCAACGCCCUCAAGACUCUAGCCGUCAAGGCGAACGAAAAAUUCCUCGACCUGACCUAUCGCGUCGAUAGCUCGGUGCCAGACCACGUUAUCGGAGAUUCAUUCCGUCUUAGGCAGAUUAUCCUCAACCUGGUCGGCAACGCCAUCAAGUUCACUGAGCACGGCGAAGUCAGCUUGACGAUCAAGAAGGCCGAUCCUGUGGUUUGGGCCUGCAACCCUGACCAGUACGCCAUUGAGUUCAUCGUAACUGACACUGGUAUUGGCAUUGCAGCAGACAAGCUUGAUCUCAUUUUCGACACGUUCCAGCAGGCCGAUGGCUCCAUGACCAGGAAGUUCGGCGGUACCGGUCUAGGCUUGUCCAUCUCGAAGCGUCUCGUUAAGCUCAUGGGCGGCGACUUGUGGGUCAAGAGCCAGCAUGGACAAGGGAGUGAAUUUCACUUCACGUGUCGCGUUCGCCUGUCGGACCUCGGCGUCGAGUCCAUUGAGAAGCAGAUCAAGCCGUACAAAGAUCACGAGGUUCUCUUCGUCGACAAGGCGCAGUCCGGCUAUGGAACUCAGAUCAAGACGAUGCUGUCCACCAUUGGCUUGAAGCCUGUCGUUGUUGAGUCGGAGAAGAACCCGUUGCUCACCGGCGUUCGGGACGCCCAGGCCAUGCCGUACGAUGUCAUCAUCGUCGACUCCAUCGACACGGCCCGGAGGCUCAGAUCAGUGGACGACUUCAAGUACCUGCCGAUUGUGCUCCUGGCGCCCGUUGUCCAUGUCAACCUCAAGUCUUGCUUGGACUUGGGAAUCACGUCGUACAUGACCACGCCUUGUACCGCUGUCGAUCUCGGCAACGGUAUGAUUCCUGCCCUCGAGAACCGCGCCACGCCGUCCCUGGCCGACAACACCAAGUCGUUUGAAAUCCUGCUUGCUGAGGAUAACCGAGUCAAUCAGAGGCUUGCCGUCAAGAUUCUCGAGAAGUACCACCACGUCGUCACCGUUGUCGGCAACGGUCUCGAGGCUGUUGAGGCCAUCAAGAGGAAGAAGUUUGAUGUCAUUCUGAUGGAUGUUCAGAUGCCAAUCAUGGGCGGUUUUGAGGCGACAGGCAAGAUCCGUGAGUACGAGCGAAGCCUAGGCUCGCACCGUACUCCUAUCAUUGCUUUGACAGCCCACGCCAUGAUGGGUGAUCGUGAAAAAUGCAUCCAGGCACAGAUGGACGAGUACCUGUCCAAACCUCUGCAGCAGAACCACCUCAUUCAGACCAUCCUCAAGUGCGCGACUCUUGGCGGUCAGUUGCUGGAGAAGAACCGAGAGAGGGACAUGGCUCAGCAGUCGAGAGUCAAGGCUAGCACCAACGAGCAUCCCCAGUCUCAUCUUCGCCCGCCUCUAGAAACCAGAUCCUUCACUUCAAAAGAACCAAUUAUGGGACCCAGCCCGGCCAGCCCAGCUUUGGUCUCGGCGGAUCAGGAAGAUCCCAUCUCUAGGGCACGUAAUGGCCUUUCCGACUCGCGCAGCCUAACAAGCUAA